UAUCGAGGCGUGCAGUGGUCCCGUGCCGUGGCGUUGUUGUUUGCAGAGCGGGGAGCUCUGUCGACAAUCAAUCACCAUGGCCAGCGGCCUGACCACCAUGGAGAAGCUGAUCCUCUUCCACAAGCUCGAGAGCGACCUGUUCCACCGUCUAGUGCACGACCUCGGCCAGGACCCAGUGCCGAUGCGAUGGGUGAUCGCGUUCUGGCUCUGGCUCGAGUCCGACGGCCACCACGACUUCAUCCGCCGCGUCGCCGCGCUGCCAGGACCUGUUGUGCUGCGGUUCGUCGACGAGGCUAUCGCGUGCCUCCGCUGCCUCGCCCGGCAGCAGGGCCACGGGACUGCGCCCGGCACCGGCGACGGCGACGGCGACGGCGGCGGCCGCGAGAGGUGCCUACCCUGCACGAACGCGCUCUUGACCAAGCGCAUAGACGACGUGGGCUACUUCGAAGGGCACCGCCGCGAGAUUUUGGAUGGCGUCACCUACCAGUACAGGAGCGUAUGCCUCGCCGUUUGCGUUGUCAGCAGCAACAGCACUUGUGUGCCCACUAACACAAGCGGUGGUGUGCUUGCUGCACCGCCGCCGAUGGUCGGCUCCCCUGUCCUCGCCGGCCCGAAGCUGGGAUCUUUUACGCUAAACCCGAUGGCAUCGCCGUGGAUCCCUUUGCAGAGCCCCCCGCCAGACGACUACCGCUCCCUGUUUAUCACCUUCUCUAGAGGCUACCCCAUUAACAGGGAGGACAUCAUGGAGUUCUUCAACUCGGUGUACGGGCCGUGCGUGGAGACGGUGAUGAUAGAGAAGGUGGCGCCAGGGCAGCUGCCGGUGUACGGUCGCAUGGUGCUGCGCAGCGCGGCGAUGAUCCCAACGGUGCUGAACGGGCGGCAGACGGCCAAGUUCCUGAUCAAAGGCAGGCACCUCUGGGCCAGGAUCUACGUCCCCAGCUCCAGGCUCUCCUACGCCUGAUCCCAGCCACGCUCCUGCAGGCUACAGAUCAGAAGCCGGACGGGGGUAAGAGCAGAGCUGGAGCUUAUAUAUACUGAUGCUACGUACUUACGUGCCAUGCCUAGGCCAGGGUAAACUGUGAUUACAGAGCUUUGCUGAACUGUCUCGUCGAAUAAAUUAUCGGAGUGUUAAAGGUUUGUGUCUGUGCUAUGUACAUACGCCUGUCUCUGCGUUCCAGAGUUCACCUCGUACCCGUUAUAUGUUCGUCAUGUACCAGUUGUGCUCGUCCUGAACCCUCAGUAAAUGUCUCUGAUGUCGUAACAGUGCCUUGAUAGUAAAAGUUUCAAGUUUCAGAGUUA